GCCGAGUCCGAGGAGGAAUCCGACGAGCCGUUGCUUGAGUCCACCCGCGGGUCCGCCCGCGACUGGAGGGGGCGCCCGCCCUGCGGCGGCCCGCGGGCGUGUCUGCCGGCGGCGGCGGCCGCCAUCGUGUUGCUGACGCUGCUGCUGGCGGAGGGCGGCGGGCCCCACGUGGACCCGCGGCGGCGAAGACGGGCGGCACGGGCGAGCGGCAGCAAAGACGGCGUGACGCAGCUGGAGACGCGGCCGCGGGGGAGCCGGCCGACGAGGACGGUCUGGCGGAGGACCGGGACCCUGAUGGCGCCGGGGAGAAGCGAGGUCCCCUAG